AUGGCGGCACGGAAGGUAACUUAUGCAAAGUGGAGCAAAGAGGAGCAGAGACUGUUAGUACAAAUGUGGUGUGACCAUAUGAAAACGUCGAGAAUGGAGAAGCCCAACUGGAAAUUAAUGGCCUCUCGACUCAGUGUGAAGAGGAAAAUAAAGUAUCUACGAGAUCUUUACAGAGAAGCGAAGGCAUACAACGAAAAGAAUAAAAACCAACCGUGGAAAGAUAGAGAAACUUCACCAUAUUAUCAUGAAGUAGACGCAGUGCUCACUUGCCACGGUAGCCCGCAUUUUAGUCAUGUAGAAGAAACAAGUGGAAUAACUGCAGCUUCGGCUUCUAACGAGUUUGUGGCGGCUUCUGAUGUUUCGGCGGUUCCAAUGUUCACACCCCCUCGCAUCUCCGUCGGAAGUCAGGAUGCAGCAACAUCGUUUUCGUCCCAGCAACGUCUAGCUUACUGGAAUACGAUAAACUGUCCCGUCAACAUGGAAGAUGACCACGGCGCACUCGUGGAAGCGGCGCCAAACAGCAGCUCUUCUGAAAUCAGAGCUCAUAGAAAGCGUCGAAAAAAGAACCAGGAUAAAAGCGAUGACUCGAAUCAGAAUAAAAUAUCAGAAAUGAUAAGAAUCAGAAUGAUUCGUCAGUUUUCCGCGAAACGAUGGAACAGUUUCUAG